CUCCCCGUCUCCAACAUGGCGGCGCCCAGCGGCCUAAGUCGCACGUGAGAAAGUCUGGGCACCUGGGAAGAAGAGAGUACAAGCUUGUGAGCCAUUUUCCCCUCCCUACUGCGGGUUGCAUCCCUUCGCCCCUCCUGCAGGCCCUCGCAGGCCGCUGCCCCCCUGCAGCCAUGAAAACAAGGCCCGUUUCCCACAAGACUGAGAACACCUAUCGGUUUCUUACAUUUGCUGAACGAUUGGGGAAUGUGAAUAUUGAUAUUAUUCACCGGAUUGAUAGAACUGCAAGCUAUGAUGAGGAGGUCGAAACCUACUUUUUCGAAGGUCUGCUGAAAUGGAGAGAAUUGAACCUCACGGAACACUUUGGGAAAUUUUUCAAAGAAGUUAUUGACAAAUGCCAAUCAUUCAAUCAGUUGGUCUAUCAUCAAAACGAGAUAGUUCAGAGUUUGAAGACUCAUCUGCAAAUUAAGAACAGUUUUGCCUAUCAGCCGCUUCUGGAUUUGGUUGUACAGUUGGCACGAGAUCUGCAGACGGAUUUCUAUCCACACUUUCAAGAUUUUUUUCUAACUAUCACUUCAAUCCUGGAAACUCAGGACACAGAGUUGUUAGAAUGGGCUUUCACCUCGCUGUCAUAUCUUUACAAGUACCUGUGGAGACUGAUGGUGAAGGACAUGUCCAAUAUAUACAGCAUGUACAGUACACUCCUGGCUCAUAAAAAACUGCACAUAAGAAAUUUUGCUGCUGAAAGUUUUACUUUUUUGAUGAGAAAGGUCUCUGAUAAAAAUGCACUUCUGAAUUUAAUGUUCCUUGAUCUUGAGGAACAUCCAGAAAAAGUAGAAGGAGUUGGACAGUUGCUCUUUGAAAUGUGUAAAGGAGUUAGAAAUAUGUUUCACUCCUGUGCAGACCAGGCAGUGAAGCUAAUUUUGCAAAAGCUAGGACCAGUUACUGAAACCGAAACUCAACUACCAUGGAUUUUAGUUGGAGAAACACUUAAAAACAUGGUCAAAUCCACUGUACUCUAUAUCUACAAGGAACAUUUUGGUACAUUUUUUGAAUGUUUGCAAGAAUCCCUCCUGGAUCUAGGUAAAAAAGUAACAAAAACUAACUGUUGUGAAAGUUCUGAACAGAUUAAAAGGUUGUUAAAAACAUAUCUGAUACUUGUGAAACAUGGAAAUGGAUCAAAGAUAACCACACCUGCUGAUGUUUGUCAGGUAUUAUCUCAAACAUUACAAAUAACCGAUCUUUCUACAUCGUGCCGGGAGACCCUCUUGGAUGUCAUUUCUGCUUUGAUUCUAGGUGAAAAUGUUUCCUUGCCGGAGACCCUCAUCAAAGAAACCAUAGAAAAAAUAUUUGAGAGCAAAUUUGAAAGAUGUUCAAUUUUCAAUUUUUCUGAAGUCAUGUUUGCUAUGAAGCAGUUUGAGCAGCUUUUUCUACCAAGCUUUCUGUCAUAUAUUGAGAAUUGCUUCUUAAUUAACGAUGCCACGGUCAAAGAUGAAGCUCUGGCCGUUUUGACCAAGCUCAUUCUGAACAAAGCGGCACCUCCCACUGCUGGUUCGAUGGCCAUUGAAAAGUACCCUCUGGUUUUCUUACCAGAGACAGCAGGAUCCUAUGUAAGGCAGAGGAGGACUAGAUCCAAGGGAGGAAACAAACAAUUUCCAGUAUUGGACCAUCUCUUAUCGAUAAUUCAGUUACCUCCAAAGAAAGAUACUACUUACUUUUCACAUUCGUGGGCAGCUCUUGUGGUGUUACCUCAUAUUAGACCUCUUGAGAAGGAGAAGCUGAUACCAUUAGUCACAAGCUUCAUAGAGUCGCUCUUCAUGACAGUUGACAGAGGGAGCUUUGGAAAAGGAACCUUAUUUGUUCUUUGUCAAGCUGUAAAUACUCUGCUAAGUUUGGAAGAGUCUUCUGAACUUCUUCAUUUAGUUCCUGUGGAACAUGUGAAGAGUUUAGUAUUAACGUUUCCUUUGGAGCCAUCUGUGUUGCUGUUGGCCGAUCUGUAUUAUCAGAGAUUAGCCUUAUGUGGCUGCAAAGGGCCCCUUUCUGAGGAAGCUUUAAUGGAAUUAUUUCCCAAGUUACAAGCAAACAUUUCAACUGGUAAAUCCAAGAUUCGGCUUUUGACAAUAAGGAUCCUAAACCAUUUUGAUGUUCAGCUUCCAGAAUUGAUGGAGGAAGAUGGGCUGUCAGAACGGCAGUCUGCCUUUGCUAUACUGCGCCAGGCAGAACUGGUUCCAGCAACUGUGAAUGACUACAGAGAGAAGCUUCUCCAUUUGAGAAAACUAAGACAUGAUGUGGUCCAGACAGCAGUCCCUGAUGGCCCGUUACAAGAGGUGCCACUUCGUUAUUUGUUAGGCAUGUUAUAUGUUAACUUCAGUGCUCUCUGGGAUCCUGUUAUUGAUCUCAUAAGUUCUCAUGCACAUGAAAUGGAAAAUAAGCAAUUUUGGAAAGUCUACUAUGAACAUCUGGAAAAAGCAGCUACACAUGCUGAGAAAGAAUUGCAAAAUGAUAUAAGAGAUGAGGAGAAGUCCAUUGGAGAUGAAAGUUGGGAGCAGACCCAGGAAGGAAAUGUUGGAGAUCUUUAUCAUAAGCAGUUAGCAUUGAAAACUGACUGUCGGGAAAGACUAGACCAUACCAACUUUCGAUUUUUGCUCUGGCGAGCUCUGGCAAAAUUCCCAGAGAGAGUAGAGCCACGGUCCAGGGAGCUUUCCCCACUUUUCUUGAGAUUUAUCAACAACGAGUAUUACCCAGCAGAUCUGCAAGUUGCUCCAACCCAGGAUCUGCGGAGAAAAGGCAAAGGGGUUGCAGCAGAGGAAAUAGAAGACGAACCUGCUGCUGGAGAUGAUGAGGAGUUGGAGGAAGAGGUGGUGCCCCAAGAAGAAUCCUCACAGAAGAAAAAGACAAGAAGAGCUGCAGCAAAGCAGUUAAUUGCCCAUUUGCAAGUUUUCUCUAAAUUUUCAAAUCCACGGGCCUUAUAUCUGGAAUCAAAAUUAUAUGAGUUAUAUCUUCAGUUGUUGCUACACCAAGAUCAAACGGUGCAAAAAAUAGCCUUGGAUUGCAUAAUGACAUAUAAACAUCCUCAUAUCUUCCCUUACAGGGAAAACUUACAAAGGUUGCUUGAAGACAGAAGCUUUAAGGAAGAGAUAGUGCAUUUUAGCAUUUCAGAGGACAAUACUGUAGUGAAAACAGCCCACCGAGCAGAUCUGUUUCCUGUUCUGAUGAGAAUUUUGUAUGGGCGAAUGAAGAAUAAGACUGGGAGUAAAACUCAGGGGAAAUCUGCUUCAGGCACCCGGAUGGCCAUCGUUCUGCGGUUCCUGGCUGGGACCCAACCUGAGGAGAUUCAGAUAUUCUUAGACCUACUAUUUGAACCUGUGAAGCACUUUAAGAACGGAGAGUGCCAUUCUGCAGUCAUUCAAGCAGUAGAAGAUUUGGAUUUGUCUAAAGUUCUUCCUUUGGGUCGUCAGCACGGUAUCUUAAAUAGCCUUGAAAUAGUAUUGAAGAACAUUAGUCAUCUGAUAAGUGCGUACUUACCGAAGAUUUUGCAGAUACUGCUCUGUAUGACAUCAACUGUGUCACACAUUCUUGACCAGCGAGAAAAAAUACAGCUGAGAUUUAUUAACCCGCUGAAAAAUUUAAGACGUCUUGGAAUCAAAAUGGUAACGGAUAUCUUUUUGGAUUGGGAAUCCUAUCAGUUCAGAACAGAAGAAAUUGAUGCUGUGUUUCAUGGUGCAGUUUGGCCCCAGAUCAACAGGCUUGGAUCUGAGAGUCAGUAUUCUCCUACUCCUCUGCUGAAACUAAUUAGUAUCUGGAGCAGAAAUCCAAGAUAUUUCCCUUUUCUGGCUAAACAGAAGCCUGGUCACCCAGAAUGUGAUAUCCUGACCAAUGUUUUUGCAAUUCUCUCAGCAAAGAAUCUCUCUGAUGCCACGGCCAGUAUUGUAAUGGAUAUAGUCGAUGACCUUCUUAACCUUCCAGAUUUUGAGCCCACAGAAACAGUUUUGAGCUUGCCAGUAACUGGAUGCGUAUACCCUGACAUAGCAGAAAAUACAGAUGAGUCUAUCACAAUAGGAGGAAGACUAAUUCUACCUCAUGUACCUACAAUUCUUCAGUAUCUCAGCAAAACCACAAUAAGUGCAGAAAAGGUGAAAAAGAAAAAGAACAGAGCACAAGUCAGUAAAGAACUUGGCAUUCUUUCAAAGAUCAGCAAGUUUAUGAAAGAUAAAGAGCAGAGUUCUCUACUCAUUACACUUCUCCUUCCUUUCCUCCACCGUGGCAAUAUUGCUGAGGAUACAGAGGUUGAUAUUCUAGUGACAAUACAAAACUUGUUAAAACAUUGUGUGGACCCUACAAGCUUCCUCAAGCCUAUAGCAAAACUCUUCUCAGUUACUAAGAACAAAUUGUCAAGAAAAUUGCUUUGCACUGUUUUCCAGACUCUUUCUGGUUUUGAGAGUGGAUUAAAAUAUAUUACUGAUGUUGUCAAGCUUAACGCUUUCGAUCAAAGACAUCUUGAUGAUAUCAACUUUGACGUUCGCUUUGAGACCUUCCAGACCAUCACCGCUUACAUUAAAGAAAUGCAGACCAUAGACAUUAACUACCUGAUUCCAGUUAUGCAUAAUUGUUUUUAUAAUCUGGAGUUAGGAGAUAUGUCUUUAAGUGAUAAUGCCAGCAUGUGUUUGAUGAGUAUCAUUAAAAAGCUAGCUGCCUUGAAUGCCACGGAGAAAGAAUAUAGAGAAAUCAUUCAUCGUUCACUCCUGGAGAAACUGAGGAAAGGGUUGAAGAGCCAGACAGAGAGUAUUCAACAAGAUUAUACCACGAUACUUUCCUGUUUAAUUCAGACCUUUCCAAAUCAACUGGAAUUUAAAGACUUGGUACAGCUGACUCAUUACCAUGAUCCAGAAAUGGACUUCUUUGAGAACAUGAAGCAUAUUCAGAUCCACAGAAGAGCAAGAGCCUUGAAGAAACUGUCAAAACAACUAAUGGAAGGCAAAGUUGUUCUGUCUUCUAAAUCUCUUCAGAAUUACAUCAUGCCUUAUGCCAUGACUCCAAUUUUUGAUGAGAAAAUGCUCAAGCAUGAAAAUAUAACCAUUGCUGCCACAGAGGUUAUUGGAGCCAUUUGCAAACAUCUCUCUUGGUCAGCAUAUAUAUAUUACUUGAAACACUUCAUUCAUGUCUUACAGACAGGACAGAUCAAUCAAAAGUUGGGUGUCAGUUUGCUAGUAAUAGUGUUAGAAGCAUUCCACUUUGACCACAAAACUCUCGAAGAACAAAUGGGAAAAAUGCAGAAUGAAGAAAACACAACUGAAGUGGCUGAGUUACCAGAGCAUGAAGCCAUGGAAUUAGAGCACACGGGUGAGGAGGAGAAGGAAAAUGCAUGUAAGAGUUUGUCAGACGAUGAAGAACUGGGAAACCCUGAUCCAGCCGAUUCUGAAGGAACAUCAGCUAAGGAAUCCGAGUGCGUCACAAAGUCUGUCUCUUUCCUGCCUCGGAAUAAGGAAGAAUUGGAGAGGACAAUUAAAAAUAUCCAAGGGACCAUAACUGGGGAUAUUCUACCAAGGCUACAUAAAUGCCUUACAUCCACGACUAAAAGGGAAGAAGAACACAAGCUGAUCAAGUCAAAGGUUGUGAAUGAUGAGGAAGUGGUUCGAGUUCCUUUAGCUUUUGCUAUGGUUAAACUAAUGCAGUCCCUUCCACCAGAAGUCAUGGAAGCUAAUCUGCCAAGUAUUUUGCUGAAAGUGUGUGCUCUCCUCAAGAACAGAGCACAGGAAAUUAGAGACAUUGCACGCAGCACUCUUGCAAAAAUAAUAGAGGAUUUGGGUGUGCACUUCCUACAAUAUGUUUUAAAAGAAUUACAGACUACCCUUGUCCGUGGAUACCAGGUCCACGUGCUGACUUUCACUGUUUACAUGUUGCUGCAAGGUCUCACCAACAAGCUGCAAGUCGGGGAUUUGGACUCUUGUUUAGCUAUAAUGAUUGAGGUUUUUAACCGUGAGUUGUUUGGUGCUGUUGCUGAAGAGAAGGAAGUAAAGCAGAUUCUCUCCAAAGUCAUGGAGGCACGAAGAAGCAAGAGUUACGAUUCUUAUGAAAUCCUGGGCAAGUUUGUAGGAAAAGAUCAGGUUGUAAAACUUAUCCUUCCUUUAAAAGAGAUCUUACAGAAUACCACCAGUUUAAAACUGGCCCGGAAAGUGCACGAAACCUUACGCCGAAUCAUAGCAGGAUUAAUCGUAAAUCAGGAAAUGACAGCAGAAUCCAUUCUGUUGCUCAGUUAUGGUUUAGUCAGUGAAAAUCUUCCCCUAUUAACAGAGAAAGAAAAAAAUCCAGUAGCCCCUGCCCCAGACCCACGUCUACCACCCCAGAGCUGCCUUCUGCUCCCCCCAACUCCAGUCCGAGGAGGGCCGAAAGCUGUUGUGAGCAGGAAAACCAAUAUGCACAUAUUUAUUGAGUCUGGGCUUCGGCUGCUGCAUCUGAGCCUGAAGACUUCUAAGAUUAAGUCUUCAAGUGACCAUGUGCUGGAAAUGUUGGAUCCUUUUGUGUCUCUCCUCAUAAACUGCCUGGGUUCUAGGGAUGUGAAGGUGAUCACAAGUGCUUUACAAUGCCUGAUCUGGGUCUUAAGGUUCCCUCUGCCUUCCAUAGAAACACACGCGGAAAAGCUGACGAAACACCUUUUCCUUUUGCUGAAGGAGUAUGCAAAACUCGGGGCUGCCAGGGGCCAGAACUUCCACCUGGUGGUAAAUUGUUUCAAGUGUGUGACCAUACUUGUCAAGAAAGUCAGGUCCUACCAGAUAACUGAAAAACAGCUCCAAGUUCUACUGGCAUAUGCUGAGGAGGACAUUUAUGAUACUUCAAGACAAGCCACGGCAUUUGGUCUUCUGAAGGCUAUUUUAUCAAGAAGGUUGUUGGUCCCGGAAAUUGACGAUGUCAUGAGGAAAGUAUCCAAGUUGGCAAUUUCUGCUCAAAGUGAACCUGCCAGAGUCCAGUGCCGACAGGUUUUUCUGAAAUAUAUUCUUGACUAUCCCCUGGGUGACAAAUUGAGACCAAACUUGGAAUUCCUGCUUGCUCAACUGAAUUAUGAACACGAGACUGGGAGAGAAUCCACCUUGGAAAUGAUCACCUAUCUCUUUGACACAUUCCCUCAGGGACUACUCCAUGAGAAUUGCGGAAUGUUCUUUAUUCCUCUUUGUCUAAUGAUGGUGAAUGAUGACUCUGCCACGUGCAAAAAGAUGGCCUCCAUGACAGUCAAAUCCUUACUCUGUAAAAUCAACCUCGAGAAAAAAGACUGGCUGUUUGAUAUGGUUACCACCUGGUUUGGAGCAAAAAAGCGCUUAAAUAGACAACUCGCUGCCUUGAUCUGUGGCUUGUUUGUGGAAAGUGAAGGAGUUGAUUUUGGGAGAAGACUUGAAACUGUCCUUCCUGUGGUCGAAAAGGAAAUUGAUCCAGAAAACUUCAAAGAUAUCAUGGAAGAGGCUGAAGAAAAAGCUACAGAUAGGCUUCUGUUUAAUUUUCUUACAUUGAUAACGAAACUCAUCAAGGAAUGUAAUAUUAUUCAGUUUACCAGGCCCUCUGAGACUUUGAGUAAAAUCUGGAGUCAUGUGCACUCUCACCUGAGACACCCACACAACUGGGUGUGGCUCACAGCAGCCCAGAUUUUCGGAUUGCUCUUUGCCUCUUGCCAGCCAGAGGAGCUUAUUCAAAAAUGGAAUACCAAAAAGACUAAAAAGAAACUCUCAGAACCUGUAGCGGUCAGGUUCCUAACAAGUGAUCUUGACCAAAAGAUGAAAAGUAUCUCUCUAGCCUCUUGCCAUCAAUUGCAUUCCAAAUUCUUGGAUCAGUCUCUAGGAGAACAGAUUGUUAAGAAUUUGUUGUUUGUGGCCAAAGUCUUAUAUUUACUGGAACCUGAUUCCGAGGAUAAGCAAGGUGAGAUAAAAGAAGGCAUGGAAAAACAAGGAGACGGUGUGGCCAGAGAAGCAAUAGAAGAAUCUGAGGCCUGUGCAGAUGAAAAGUCGGAGUUUGACAAAGAAGAGAAGGAAGAGGCAAGGGAAGAACACAGCAAACCAGCCACGCUGCUGUGGUUGAUCCAAAAGUUAUCCCGGAUAGCAAAACUAGAGGCUGCUUAUUCACCUAGAAACCCCUUAAAGAGAACAUGCAUCUUUAAGUUUCUCGGUGCUGUAGCGAUGGACCUUGGGAUAGACAAGGUAAAGCCGUAUCUCCCAGUGAUCAUAGCUCCUUUGUUUCGAGAACUGAACAGCACCUAUUCAGAGCAAGAUCCUGUACUGAAGAAUCUAUCCCAGGAAAUCAUAGAAUUACUCAAAAAGCUGGUUGGGCUUGAGAGCUUCUCAUUAGCCUUUGCCUCUGUACAGAAACAGGCUAGUGAGAAAAGGGCACUCCGGAAAAAGAGGAAGGCUAUGGAGUUUGUAACUAAUCCUGAUAUUGCUGCCAAGAAAAAGCUGAAGAGACACAAAAAUAAAAGUGAAGCAAAGAAGAGGAAGAUAGAGUUCCUGCGUCCAGGCUAUAAGGCCAAGAGACAAAAAAGCCACAGCCUGAAAGAUUUAGCAAUGGUGGAGUAAUGUCUCCCUGUGCUAAUACCCAAGUAUAGUUUAUACUCUCUCAACUUGCCCCAAAGUAUGAGCUUUCUGGUGUAUUCUGCUAGUCUGAAAUUAUAGCAGGUUUUAUUAUUUAAAUUAAACUUUGGCAUAGAUUGUAUAAUAUAUAUAGUUUAAUGUAAUCAUACUAUAUUUUUAAAAUUAAAACGUUUCAUACUACUGCUUUAUCCUCACUUGUCUAAAAAGCAUGUGACACUAGCAAUAGAGUUUAAAGCAUAAUUUUUAAACAAAAAGAUACAGUUUAAAAUAGCAAGAAAAAAAUGUAGAAGUUAGGAAUGAAUCAAACAAAAGAUUUACAAUACCUUUAUGAAGGACAUUCUAAAACUUUGUCAAAAGGCAUUAAGAAAGAUCUGCACAAAUGAAGAAAUGUGACCAAUACUCAUGGAUAGGAAAAAUUCAGUAUCAUAAGAUGCUAGUUAUUCCCAAGUUGAUCCCUUUGGUUAAAUGUGUAUCUGAGCAAAAUCCCAAAAGAGUUCUUCAUGUUAGCGGAACAAGCUGAUUCUAAAGUUUAUAUGGAAGUUAACAAGCCAAGAAUAGUGUGAACUGUUUACAGAAAAAGAACAGAAUAAAGGGCUUGCCAUGUCAGAUAUCAAAAGACAAACACAAAAAGUACUAUCUAGAGAAGGAACAUGUGAUAAAUUCUACUUCGUUAAAAUUAAGAAAACAAAAAUAGGCAUUGCACAAAAGAAGAAACAUAAAUGGCCUAUAAACAUUAACAUUUGGCUGAUACGGCUGUACCAGUUCUUAAAUACUAAAGUACUAUGGACCAGUUGGUAAGUAGGCACUGCCUGGAGACCCCUAAGUGCUACCCUGGCUACCUGAGUCCCUAGACUUCGUACCUUCACACUCUAAAAGUUAAAAGAUUAAGAUCUGGACUAGUAGGGGUUCUCCUGCACCAGCUAUGUCUAGUUGUUAAAAAUAUUUUGAAUCAUUCCUGUAUUCAACCUCAUUAGUAAUUAGGAAAAUGCAAAUUAACAUCAGAAUGGAAUUCCAUUUCAAACCCAUCAAUUGAAAAGGGUGACAAUACCAGGUGUUGGCAAGCAUAGUGGAGCCUUAUAAACCACUCUGGAAAGCAAUUUGGCAUCAUCUUGUAAACCUGAAGGUGGGUAUACACUCCCUGAUCCAGCAGUUACACUCAGAGAGAAACUUAGAACCAUGGAUCCAAAGAAGACAGGUACAAGAACGUUCAUGAACCAUCGAUAAAAUUCAAGAACUAGAAGCAAUCCAAAUGACCUUCCCCAAGAGACUGGAUAAGUAAAGUGGUGUACUCAUACUGUAAAAUACAGUAUUGAAAAUCAGCUAGUUACAUACAUCAAUAUAGAUGAAUCCUAGAAACACUGUUGAAUAGAAGAAAAAAGAAAGUCAUAGGGAAAUAGAGUUGAAUAUCACUGUAAUAAACUUGGGAAAACUUGGGGAUCUGGAUAUGUAUACAUACAUGAUCUAUAGAAAAAAAAUAAGGGAAUGAUUUCAGAAUUUUCAGGAUAGAGGUACUUCUGAGAAGGAAUAGGAUUGAGACAGCGUAUGGCGGGGCCUGAACAAUUCUAAUAAUGUUACAUGUCUUAGAUUUGAUGUUGGGCUCCCAAGUUUUCAUAUUAUUAUGCUUUAUUACUUCCAGCUACAUUACUUUGUGUAUAUCAAAUAUUUCAUAAUAAAAAUGUUUUUCUAAUGUGUGGCCAAAACACAUUAAUACAAAGUUAUUAAUUAUUAAAAUUAAAGUGUUAAUACAAAGAAAACA